AUGUGUGGUCGCCGAACCACCCGCCCUUCACACCAGGAUAAGCAGAUACUAUUCAAAAUGUCUCGCGGCAGGCGCGGAAACUCACCGUCAUUGUAUGACGGUUUUGACUGGCGAACCGUGCCGUUUCCAGAGGGGAUAGGAGCAGUUAUAUGUCGUCCGAAGUACGAUGAGAACUUCGAUCUCCAAGCAUUUAUGCGUGAAGGUGGUUAUCCUGGAGAGUUUCGUUUACCGAAGGAAGUUUUAGCAGUAAGGAAACAAGCAACACCGGUAUAUUUGAAUGAUUGGCACCUUAGCGUUGUUUAUUAUGAAGGACACAGGGAUUAUCUGGAGUAUCUUGGUAUCCUAGCCGAACCCGAAGAACAAAUUCGUUAUCGCCGAGCGGCAUGCAAAAUUGAAGAAGGAUACGUUGAUGAAUUCCCUCUUGAUAGACGAGCUUCUGGGUAUCCUUAUGGACUGACAGACUACAAGAACAACUAUUUGACGGCAAUGAUGGAAAGACGCCCAACACGAGUAAGAAGUGGAAUGCGCCAAGGAGCUGUAGCCUCCAGAUCCGACUCAUCGACAUUCCCUACUUCACACACCUCUCGUCAUACUACGGCAUCCCACUCAUCCUCUUCACAUAAUAUAGGACCAGUAUCCGAUGUACCGCUAAACAUAUUCGCUUCUCCAAAUCAUCAGAAUUGGACCGAACCUGCUGCGCCCACACCUAUUAAUUCCGGCUAUGUGGGAGUCAACGGUUAUGAGGCAUCGGUUGGAUACAGUAAUGUUGAUGGCACAGUGCCAGCCCAAGUGACUUGUGGAGUGACACAAAUGAUGAGCCCGGAAGUUCAGGUUAUGGAACCACAGUCAGUGAAUCAAGGAAGUAUGGACACGGCUGAGAUUGGAGAUGUGAAUGAAUUCUUCGUAACAAACGUUUACCAACGUGAACCAUCGAAUAACAUGCAUACUACUCAAGUACAGUCACCAGCAAUUGCUAACUACCAGAAUAGUACAGUAUACAAAACAGAAUCCGUUGAUUUUGGCUAUGAAAAUGGACAGAUGUACCCACCAGUGCUAAGGCAGCAAGUCUAUCAGCCGCAGCGUGAGCCACCGAUUGUCAGAACAGCUGCCGGUGGUGAAUGUGACGGAAUGAUCAAAUUUGAAGAACCUAGUGAUUAUGAACAAAAUUCACAAAUUGGGUCGAAUGCGUAUGCUGAGUGUCAAUUCAACGCUGCGUCUGCAGAAAAUUUCGACAAUUUCGAAGUGAUGCAUGGGAUACCGAUGUCGCAACACGCGCGUGGAGGAGGCGUUAAGAAUAUCUACGCAACACCCGACAGUACGCAGACGUACCCACGUCCAGUACAGGAUCGUACAACUGCCAAAACAUCGCAAUAUUCAGCGAAGAAUAAUGGAAAUGGGGCAGCGCCGGAUUUCCACCCUGUCGACUACAUAAAAGAGGACAGUGACAGUGACGAAUCGAGUCUUGGUCAUUCAUGUUGCCGAGUAAUUGAAAGGGAAAAGGCAGUUGGUAGCUCGCAAUAUUGGAACCCAGAAAAACUAAUCGUCAAGCGUUGGCAGCGACGAGAACUUUCUGUCGUUCAAUAUUGA